UUACCAGAUGGGCAGGUGUUCGACCCUAAAGCUGAACCUGUGUUUGGACUGCUAGAAGUGAAGUGCCCAAAUAUAAGAAGCUAUGUAGACUGCGCCUACCGUAGGGUCCAAACAGUCACACACAUACUAUUGACAGAUACAGGCCCAACUAAUCAUUACUGGUUUAGAAUGGUGUGAUUUUGGUGUCUAUGCUGAAAACAAUACUUAAAGAUGCAUUUACUAGAUGAGUAAAAUGACAAGAUAUUUCUGAAAAUAUAGUGAGUUUUUGCUUAAAACAAGCAAAAUUAACUGCCAAUGGGGUACGAUAAAUAAUCUUAAUUCAAAUGGAAAAUAGAUUAUUUUUCUGAUUAUGAUUAUUUAUCAUUAUUUAAUGAUGGCGUCGAUUUGUCACAAUAACAUAUAAAAUUAAAUCAUGACCAACCACUGCAAAGAUCCAUCAAUUACCAAUCACAAUCAGUGACUUAAUGCAUCAUUGCAUCCUCAUCAUCAUUAUAUAACUGGGCCACUUCAUGGAUAUGUUGAUAUAUGGAUAUGUUCCUUGCUAUGUGUCACAUUGUAUUAAGUAUGUUUGAAAUGUGGAAAGCGCUAAAGAAAACUAUGUAUAUCUUUAGGACUGUAGGAGAAAUAAUGGCUGUCAGUUAGGCCUAAGGUGGUCCAGCGCCAAAUUUCCUGAUGCAUUAGUGCUACAAGUUCCUAUGCAGUGGGUCUCUAGAGUUUGAACAAUGGAAUAAAAAUGAUCUGGGAGAUGGACAAUAUUGACACUUUAUAGCUCAUAUAAUUUUAUUUAGGUGAUAAUGAUGGAGAGAUGUUUUUACAAAGACUAAUGCACCAUUCUCUAUUAUUUCAGGUGGACUCAGCCACAGAAAGUUGAGACCUCACUGAAGACAUCCUGAGCUGUCGGUAUCUUGGUAUUGUCAGCGUGGAGAAGGAUGAAAUAACUCAGUAUGUUGAAAUGGUUAAUAAACAUCCAUUUGAGUGAGUUUUUUCCAGAAUUAAACUGAUUUUUCUUUCUCCAGGGCUAUUACCCUUCAUGCAACUCUGAAGCUGAUCCCUGUGCUGCAGGAGAUAGGAAAGGGUUUGGGGCUUUAUGGCCUUGGUGAUCUGACAAAACACCCAGUCAGUAACUGUUUGUUUCAGGAACAGAAACAGAGGAAGUGGUUUUUAUAAAAGUGAAAGAGAUUACAGAGCUGCUGGUAAAGUCAACAGUUUCAGAGGAGGAAAUGGAAAGAUCUACAAAUAUUAUUUGAGCAGAAGCGAGUCAGUGACAGAAGAUGACGUCAGAGCACCUUCUGGACACACUGGAUGCUUUAGACAGAGAAAAACUGAAGAGGUUUAAAUGGCACUUACAGCAAGAUGCUCAUGUUUCAGCUGCCGAUCUAGAGAAUGCAGAUGCCAUUGACACAGUGGAUCUGAUGAUGGCAUGUUGUGGACCAGAAAGAGCUGUGAUGAUCACAAUGAACAUCUUGAGAAAAAUGAGACAAAACCAACUAGCUGAAGAGUUAGAGAAUGAAACCAAAGUUCACAAAGCUCCAGACCAGAUGAGCAACAGUGCUCAGACUGGAGUCAGUGUUGAUGUGAAAGCUGAAACAGGUGCAAGUGUAAAUGCUCCUGUAUUGACUGGAAACACCAUGACAGGACCAGUAAUCAUUUAUGGCUCAAAUACUGCAGGAAAUGAUCAACACACAUGCUCAGAGACAGCAGAGAAACACACAGAAAAACAAGAAAUUUUAAGGCUGCAAAAAUUCUUGGAAACUCACAAAACCAACAUGAAGAAGAAAGCAGAACAUAUUUUUGAGGGCAAGAAAGAAAAUAAAGCACAUCUCAAGGAUAUUUACACAGAACUCUUCAUCACAGAGGGAGAUAUUGAAGACGUCAAUCAGGAACAUGAGAUUCUGAAGAUUGAUGAUGCUUUCAAGAACAAAAAAACACAGGACAAACCAAUAAAAUGCAAUGAUAUGUUCCGUUUAUUGAGGGAAAACAGUGAGAAGAACAUUGUGCUGACCAAGGGCAUCGCUGGCAUUGGAAAAACUGUUUCUGUGUACAAGUUCAUCCUGGACUGGGCAGAAGGAAAAGACAAUCAAGACAUACACUGUGUGUUCCUGCUUCCAUUUCGAGAGAUUAACAUGCUGAAAAACAGAGAGGUCAAUCUCAAUGAGUUUCUACAGGUAUUUUAUCCAGAACUAAAGGAAUUGGAAAAAUCAAAGUUAUAUGCUAAACGUAGUCUGUUUAUAUUUGAUGGACUUGAUGAGAGUCGACUUCCUAUUAACUUUAAAAGUGGAAUUCUGGCGAGUUUUGAGGAAAGAUCAUCUGUAGAUGUGCUGUUUACAAAUCUGGUUAAGGGGACACUGCUUCCCUCAGCUCUUGUCUGGGUGACCUCACGACCAGCAGCAGCCAAUCAGAUUCAUCCUCAGUAUGUAGGUUUGUUCACAGAGGUGCGAGGAUUCAGUGAUGAACAGAAGGAGGAGUACUUCAGAAAGAGAAUAAAAGAUGAGACUCAGGCCUCCAGAAUCAUCUCAUACAUUAAGACAUCUCGUAGUCUGUACAUCAUGUGCCACAUUCCUGUGUUCUGCUGGAUCACGGCCAAAGUACUCCAAAAUAUUCUCAUCAAGAACAAUGCAGAGAACAUCAGCACAACACUCACCGAAAUGUACAUUCACUUCCUGCUGAUACAGAUGAACAUGAAGAACCAGAAGUACAAUGAACAAGAAGAAAGACGACGUACAAAGCUCUUACAUUCAAAUAGAGAAAUGAUUCUGAAGUUAGCCAAGCUAGCGUUUGAACAGCUGAAGAGAGAAUGCAUUGUGUUCUAUGAGAAAGAUCUGGAAGAAUGUGGUAUUGAUGUGAAUGUAGUCACUGAGUUCACAGGAAUGCUCGCUGAGAUCUUUAUGUUGGAAGAUGGACUUCAUGAAACAAAGGUCUUCUGCUUUGUGCAUCUGAGUGUUCAAGAGUUCCUCGCUGCAGUGCAUGUGUUCCUCUGUUACCUGAACAAGAACAUGCAGGAGCUUCAGUUUUUCUUUGAUAAAACCAAAGAAAAUAUUACAUUGCAGGAGCUACUGCAGAAGGCUGUUGAUAAAGCUAUGAAGAGUCAGAGAGGACAUCUGGACCUGUUCCUGCGGUUUCUGAUGGGAAUUUCACUGAAAUCCAGUCAAAACUUGCUCCAAGGCCUGAUCACACACACUGAAGACUCCACAGAGAGCAUCACAAAAACAACUGAAUAUAUUAAAAGAGUACAAGAUGGGCACUUUAUCUCAGAUGAAACUUCAGUCAACCUAUUUUACUGCUUACUUGAGCUCAAGGACCAUUCUUUAUAUGAGCAAAUCCAGAGAUACCUCAGUUCAGAUGCACAUCCAGGAAGAGAACUCUCAUCUUCAAUGUGCACAGUGCUGACCCAUGUACUGCUGAUGUCAGAAAAGGUGCUAGAUGAGUUCAACCCAAAGAGGUUCACGUCAUCUUCAAACUACACAAGACUUGUUUCUGCUGUGAGACGCUGCAGAAAAGCCCUAUUUAACGGCUGUGAUCUCUCUGAUCGGCACUGUGAAAGUUUGUCUUCAGCUCUACAAUCAUCAAACUCUUAUCUGAGAGAGAUGGACCUGAGUAACAAUCACCUGAAGGAUUCUGGGGUCAGGCUACUUUCUACUGGACUGAGAAGUUCACACUGUCAACUGAACAUACUGAGGCUAUGUGUGUGUAAUCUCACUGGUCAGUCCUGUGAAAGUUUGUCUUCAGCUCUACAGUCCUCAAACUCCACCUUGAGAGAGCUGGAUUUGAGUAACAAUGACCUGCAGGAUUCUGGAGUGAAGCUUCUUUCAGAUGGUCUGAAGAGUUCUAAGCUGGAAAUACUGAGAUUUUCCACAUGUAAUCUUACUGCUCAGUCUUGUGAGAGUUUGUCAUCAGUUUUACAAUCCUCAAACUCCUGUCUGAGAGAGCUGGACCUGACUAACAAUGACCUGCAUGAUUCAGGAGUGAAGCUUCUUUCUGAUGGACUGAAUAGUCCAAACUGUCAGCUGGAGAUUCUGAGAUUGUCUGGCUGUAUGGUGACAGAGGAAGGCUGUGGUUAUGUGUCUUCAGCUCUGAGUUCAAACCCCACAUACCUGAGAGAGCUGGAUCUAAGCUACAAUCACCCAGGAGAUUCAGGAGUCAAGCUACUCUCUGAUACACUCAACCAUCCAAACUACAGACUGGACAAACUCAACAUGGAUCAUGGAGGAGAGUUCAGGAUUACAGCAGGUCCACGAAAAUAUGCCUGUUUUUUCACACUGGAUCCAAGCACAGCAAACACUGAACUCAUUCUGUCUGAGGGGAACAGAAAGGUGACACGUGUGCUAGAUAGGCUGUAUAUUCAUCAAGCAGUGAGAUUUUUUGGUUAUCAGGUGUUGUGUAGAGAAAGUGUGUGUGGACGAUGUUACUGGGAGCUUGAGUCGAGUGGAAGUGUGUCUAUAUCAGUGUCAUAUAAGAGCAACAGCAGGAAGGGAUGGGGUGAUGAGUGUCUGUUUGGAUCUAAUGAUCAGUCCUGGAGUUUGUUCUGCUCUAUCUUCGGUUACUCAUUCAGGCACAAUACGAUAGUGACUGAACUUCCUGUAAAGCCCAUCAGCAGUAGAAUAGGAGUGUAUGAUGAGGAUGAUUUAGAGUCCAUGAUCAGCAGUAGAAUAGGAGUGUAUGUGGAUCACAGUGCAGGAACUCUGUCCUUCUACAGCGUCUCUGGAGACACAAUGAGCCUCAUCCACACACUCCAGACCACAUUCACUCAACCGCUCUAUCCUGGGUUUGAGGUUUUUCCUUUAUCAUCAGUGAAACUGUGUUGAUGAAUCAGAAUAGACUAUAGAGAGAUUCUACCCAUAAUGCUUUGAGCUCAUGAUGAAUCAGUAACAGUGAGAUUAUAUAGAGUCUUUUAUUUUCUCUUCAUUACAUUAAUACUACAGCUGAACUUCUGUCAGUGUACUAAUAUAUCUUUUUCAUUUAAAAAGUUGUAUUUGUUCUCAUUAGUUCAUGCAGUAUGAACUAACAACUAUUGUGUGUGUACAAUCCAUUAUGGUUAAUGUUUUAAAAUAUUGCUGGUUGUGCAGUAUGAUAUCUUGUACAUUUAUGAAUUCAAAACGUUAUGUAGAUAUCAGUCCUAUCAAUAUAGCUCCUAUCUAAUAAAAUAAAAUUAGGUGAAAAUUAGUUUUUCGGUGUGAAUGAACAGACAUUUGUAUUUGAUAGCUGAAGCAGGAAUAGCUGAAAGAUGUCUGAGAUGUUUUGACAAUGUUUAAAGUAACUUGGAUUUGAGACACAGAGACAAACUGUGCAACCAACUCCUGAGCAGAUAAGAACAUCAUUCACAAACACAGUGCUCUAUUGACAAAAAAAAUAUAAAAUAAUGUAAAUUGUUUGCCAUUUUCACAUGUACACCAUACCUUUGCAUAUUAUUUUCUCUCUGUCUUACCAAAUAGGUUUAUCUUUAAUAAUACUAAUGCGUUCAUUUCAUAUAAGUUGUUGGAAUAUUCAGGGUCUUCAUUCUUCAAUAUUUGGUUCUAAAUGCAAAGACCCUGAUUUUCUGAAAAAUAUCAAAGAUGCUGAUAUCAUCAUUCUCACUGAAACCUGGUGUAAAAAUGAUGUGUUUACCUACUGUCCCUCAGGCUACUAUGAAGUAAUUGUGCCCUCAGUUAAAUUAAGUACAGUCCAUCGUGGACGAGACUCGGGAGUAAUUCUGGUGUGGUACAGGGAGGAUCUGGCCAAACACAUUUCUGUUAUUACAGUUGGAAAAUUUCAUUGUUGGUUAAAACUAAACCAAAUUGCCAUUUCAACUACCGAUACAUAUCUCUGUGCUAUCUACAUUCCCCCAGCAGAAUCCCCUUACUAUGAUGAGGAAUAUCUGAACAACCUCCACACAGAAAUCAGCCGUUUCCAGGCCCAGGGCAAUGUGCUGCUGUGUGGAGACUUCAAUGCAAGAACAGGAUUUGAAUAUGAAUAUGUCUUUGGCCAAAACCCAUUGAGUCUCACAAAAAAAUCUCCCACCAAGAAACAACCUUGACCAAACUGUAAGUAAAAACUGUAGAGAGUUAGUGCAGCUCUGCCGAGCCUCGGGCCUGUACAUACUUAACGGCAGGAUCAGAGGGGACUCUUUAGGGAGGUUCACGUGUUUUUCAGGUCUUGGAGCUAGUGUAGUUGACUAUGCCAUCACUGACAUCCCUUCCUCCUUCAGUGCAUUUACUGUCAAACAGCAAACUCCACUCUCUGACCAUAACCAAACUAACAUUUACAUCAAAACACAUCACACACCAGAACAAAACAGGCUGAAAACCUGCAAAAUAUAUCAGGUCCAGGAGAGAUACAGAUGGGCUCCAGACAGCCCAGACAAAUUUAUCCAAGCCCUCAAUUCGGAAGAACUAAUAAUGUAAUAAAUACAUUAAUUAAUAAGAAAUUUGAAACAACUAAAGAUGGUGUUAAAAAAGCAGCACAUAGAAGCGAAUUGAAAAAGAAAGGCAAAAAAUAUACAAAAAAUACAGCAAAAGAUGAAAAAUGGUUUGACUCAGACUGCUAAAUAUUAAGGAAACAACUUUGAAAAUGAUCAUAUCUGAAACAUAACGAACCAAACAACACAGACAUCAGAACUGAAUACUGUUCAAAACUAAAACAAUACAAAGACACAAUUAGAGUGAAAAAGAAACCCCAUCUGACCAAAAAUUUACAGGAAAUUGAAAAUUCAAUAAACCAUAAUCAGUUCUGGGAUAUGUGGAAUAAUCUGAGCACAACAAAACCACAAGACCUACCAAUACAAGAUGGAGAAAUCUGGACAAAACAUUUUGAAAACUUAUAUAAAGAAAUCCCACCAAAACAACUCAAUGACAAUUAUAAUCUGAUCAACCAAAAUCUACAAACUUAUGAAGACACAAUUAAAAAUAAUCAAAAUCCACUUGACUUCCCAAUUACACAUGAAGAACUGACAACAAACUCAAAAGCCAAAAAUGUAAGAAAUCUUGUGGUCCUGACAGCAUGCUAGGUGAAAUGCUGAAACAAAGCCCACCUGAGCUGCAGACAGCUGUGCUCAAAUUAUUCAACAUUGUACUUAAUUCAGGCUGUUUUCCUGACAUCUGGAACCAAGGACUUAUUACCCCAAUUCAUAAGAGUGGGAAUAAAUUGGACCCUAAUAAUUUCAGAGGUAUUUGUGUGAGCAGUAAUCUGGGGAAGUUAUUUAGCAGUAGAAUUGUAAACUUCCUUACCGAACACAAUGUCCUGAGUCCGAGUCAGAUUGGCUUCCUUCCAAAUCACAGAACAACUGAGCACAUUUACACCCUACACAUCCUAAUCAAUGAACAUGUAAAACACACCGAAAAUGGAAAAAUAUUUGCAUGCUUUGUUGAUUUCAAAAAAGCAUUUGAUUCUAUUUGGCACAACGGAUUACAUUAUAAAGUGCUGUUACAAAGUGGUGUAGGGUUUGACAUUAUAAAUUAUACAUCAAAUUCUGGAUGCAUCUAAAAUCAAGUCCCACAGAAUCGCUACAUUUUAAAGCAUUACAACCCCGAGAACUGAACCCCGAAAAAAGUCCCCUCAGUCAGCUGGUUCUGAAACUUACUAAUCUGACUAACUCUACUAACACUAACCAGUCUCAGACCAGCACUGCUUCUCAUCCAAACAUCAGAAUAAACCAAAUUAUCAAGCAAUCUAAAAAUACAUAUCUGGAACAUUGGGAGCAGAAAACUAAAACACAAAGUAAAUUACAAUUCUAUCGAACUCUAAAAUCAAAUUAUGAAUUAGAAGAAUAUCUCCAAAGUGUCAAAAACACAAAGCAGAGACGGAUCCUGACCAAGUACAGGCUCAGUGAGCACAGUCUAGCCAUCGAGACCGGCAGACACAGAAAGAGCUGGUUACCCAGAGAGCAAAGGGUGUGUGUUCACUGCAGGAGAGAUCGAGACAGAGACGCACUUCCUCCUUCACUGCCACAAAUACACACAUAUAAGAGAUCACUUCACCAAAUUCAGUAACUCAAUAAAGAACUUUGCAGUCAUGACUGAAAUAGAACAAAUAGAGUUAAUACUAGGAGAGAGACAGACAGCAGCACUGGCUGCGAGAUACGUGUGGAUGUGCCACAGCCUGAGAGACAGCAGGUGAAUGUGUGUAUGUCUGAACUCAGUGUGUUUCCCUACUGUCCACCACAGUGACCCUCAGUACGUUUGUGUUUAUGUUAAAACACUGUCGUAUCAAAUGUUCAGACAUGUUCUAAGUUGUUACGCUGUUAAUUUAAGUUUAAGUUGUUAUAAUAUUUGAUAGUGUUAUAAUAUUUGAUAAUAUUUUCUUCUAUUAUACAGAUGUUUUUAUGUAUAUAUAUGCUUUGGCAAUAUUUUAUUAUUUACAGUCAUACUAAUAAAGCGAUUUUGAAUUUGAA